CAGCACCCCCCCCUACACUCGCCCCGCCUCUCUCUUCGUCACAUCAGGGUUUUCCGUCGAUCUGCGCGGAUUUGGCUUAUUUAUUUAAUUACUCGUUAUAUAAUACGCACUGACUUAAAACACACGCACUCACUCCCUGUCCGUCCUCAGCCUACUAACGGAACAGAUGCACUAGUCCUCCUAACAGACCUGAGGCAACAGCGCUGACCUGAAUUUCCCCCAGACCUGUUUCCCAAACUGAGGCGGGCCCCUCUGAGCAUACGGGCUAACAGAUACACAGGAAGACAGACAGCAGUGUCAGCAGCUACAUCUACAACAUCCCCCCACCCCUAAAUCGUCCUCUUCUUUAUCACGUCUGACAUGGCGGACCCCAGUCUCACAUCGCCCUCUGGGACCCCUCUGCGUUCCCCCAGCAGCUCUGUCACCCUAUCCUUCCCCUUCUUGAGCGAGAGGAGCCGGGUGUGGGAGGAAGGAAGGGAGCAGCCCCUGCCGCGAGAACUGCCCAGCCCACUGCCGACCAAACGCACCCGCACAUACUCUGCCACUGUGCGUGCUCACUCAGGUCCAGUUUUUAAAGGAGUAUGUAAGAACUUCUCCAGGUCACAAGGUCACGGUUUCAUCCAACCUUCCCACGGCGGUGAAGACAUCUUUGUUCACAUCUCAGACAUCGAGGGGGAAUACGUCCCAGUCGAGGGAGAUGAAGUCACAUACAAAGUAUGCCGGGUCCCACCCAAAAACCUGAAGGUGCAGGCGGUGGAGGUGAAGAUCGCACACCUCAAGCCAGGAACGAAACAUGAGACCUGGUCUGGGCAGAUCAUCAGCUCGUAGGGAGAGAGCUGUGGGCCUGUUGGGCUGCACUGGACUGGAUUUGGUGUGCGCUGAAAGAGGGGCUCUGGGACUGACACUUUUUUUUUAAAGGUUUUCCUUUCACAGAAAACAUGCCCGGUGUUAAUAAGAGUCAAUAAUGAAGUUGUUUUUGUGUCUACCCUACAGAGCUGACAUGUCCUGUUCAAAAGUGUCCACUGCUCUCAUGAAUUUUGUUUGGGAUUGUAAACUGACCUGUGAGAGCUUUGAAAGGAUGGGUCUGUAAAGGAUGAAAAAGUAGAAAAGACAUCAUGCUGUUAUAUUAUUCUGAAAACUGACAUAAGUGAGGAGUAAACUGGGCAGAGAAAGUUGAACAACAGGCUGGAUUCGGUUUUACUUCCCCUGAUAGCAGCUCACCAAAGUUUCAGGGAUCACAUGUCUGGGUCAGAUCACUUAUCACAACAUACUCACAUGUCCAACUUUGAACAGAUGAGUAGGAACUUUGUAUUCAAUGUGUUAAAAUAUUUAAAAAAUAGUAUUAAGUCUGAAAAGAUCUAAAGAAGUUAAAACUGGUUUAGCAUUAAAAACCCACAAAAACAAAAUCCCUACAAAUCUUACAGUAACUACUUCCAUAUUUGCACCCAUGACAGGACCUCCUUUUUGUUUCAGAUCACCAUUUUAAGACACACAACUGAGAGGGAAAUGUUCUUCUGUGUUAUUGUCAAUGUUAGAGUAAACUUUUAAAUGUUGUCUGUUGUGAUGGGAGACCGAGGCAGACAAGAUCAAACAUUAACAUUUCAAAAAUAUGAAAUAUAUACAGGUUACUGCAAGCGUUUCCUUUAAGAAUAACCACCUUUUACUGUAUUGUCUUGUUUGUGGUCACUUCAUUUUAUCGUUCGCUUGUUGGUUUGUUUGUGCGUCUGUAUGUCAGACUGCUUUGUUUUUCAAAUAAUGCAGUUAAAAGUUGCACUUAAGAAACUUUCAAUACGAAAACUGCAGCGGUACUCGAGACAUUUGUCUUAGUUUGUUUUUAAAAAAAUCCUUUCGUCAAAGGAUCUGGAGCCAUGGAUUACUUGUGUGUACAUUUUGUUUUCUGUUCAUAGAAACAUAUAUGUGUGUGAUUUACUGAGUCAUUGUGAUUGUGAACUGCCAAUGCGUUCUCAUCCCAGAGCGUCAAAUCCUGCUGUUCUCUCAGAUGCGGCUUGUGUUGCCAAAUUAUGCAUAAGAUGUCCUUUGACGUCUGGACCUCAACACACUGCCUGUGGCAUUUGUGCACGCUGCAAGUUAAUGGUCCUCUUUAAAGUCCACAUGAGGAGGUUGCAGGGAUGGUGGUGCUGCAACUCAGAAGAUAGUUUGCCAGGAUUCAUUUGUUUGCUUCCUGUUUGAGAGCUUAACACUUUGAAAUGUGGUUUACUUGGUUUUUGCUGGAUGAUUUUAGUUUUCAGGCCUAAUUAUUUCACCACUUUCCUUUCGCUGUACUAACUAACAAAUGCAAAAAUGUGAAAAAUAAAUCCUGAAAGAUGGGGAAAAAUGUGAUCCCAAAGGGUUUUUGUUACACACCUAAUGUCUAAACCUAAAAGGCCACCGUGUGUGUGCGCCAGUGGCUUUACCAAAACGGGAGUAUUAGACGCCAUGAGAACGAGAACGGGCUGCAACCAACUUGACUGCAGAGUUGCAGAGCUGGGUGCCAAUAGUGCAUAUUGUCAUAUUGUUGUUCUUCAGGUUGAAAACUGUACUGUAAAUCAUUUUAUGCAUUCCACUGAGUCUGUCUUUCUGUCAGUGUCACUGCCUGAUUUUUUUUAGUUUUUUCAUUGUGAAAUUUAACUUCAUUAAUUGGUGUUUUUGUCUUUCUGUAGACGAGCCACCGUUGUGGUAAUCCUAGUCAUCACUUCUACUGAGCCUUGAAAGAACAUUAAAGCAGGUUAGGAUUCA